AUGGAGUCGACGAAUUUGAAACCGGAGACUCUAGUUCCCGAUCCGAUCAGGUUUCAGUCUAAGGCUCAGGAGAUUUCGAAAUUCUCGGAGAAUUCGAAUCCUAACGUCUCGCACGCGAUUCCGGCGAGAAUCUCUGGGUCUCCGCUCACGAAGUUUGCCAAGUCGAGUAUAUCUGCGCAGAAGAAUCCGAAAUCGAAGCUUAAUCCAAAUCCGGCGGUGUUCUCUCCACGGAAUCGGAUCCGAGAGAGGAGAUUCGUGGUGGUGAAGAAGAAGAAUUCCAGCAAGGAGAAGAAUGAUUCAGCGUCUGUGGUUGCAGAGAUUGACUGCAAGUGUGAAGCUAAGACAAAUGCGAACAUGAAGAAAUGUGUAUGUGUUGCAUAUGAAACUCUCCGGGCAUCACAUGAAGAAUUCUUCAAAAAUCGAGAAAUUGGAGAAUCUAGCAACGAUUUGGAGGAAGAAGGAGAUGAAGUAGAAGUUGGGGAAUCAGAUGAAAUUGCGGCUGCUUCAAUGAAGAGGAGAAGAGAAAAGGUACUUGAAGAAGCGAGAAUGAGUCUCCCUGAAUAUGGCAAAGUGAUGCAUCUCGUUAAAGCAUUCGAGAAGCUUUCCUGCUUCCCGUUUUCAAAGGCGAAAACAUUCAAGGAAGAAGGAAACCAAAAGGAGGAUCAUAAGAUUAAGAAAGUUCUGAAAUGGGAGUUGCCUGGAAUGAGCAUGCAGAAGCCUAAGUGUAUGGAAAGCUCUGAGGAAGAUCAAGUCACAUGGAGUUGUUCAUUUUCUCAAUCUGAUUUGGUUUUAACAGCCACGAAUCUGGGACUAGAACAACCUCAUGCCUCAGUUUCUUCAUCAUGGGACAACAGUGUUUCGAAUCUGAACUCAAAUGGUGGCCGCUGGAGCAGAAGAAAUAGCGUGGAAUCCUCUGCUUCAAUGGGAAGUAGGCGAUCGAAGAAGAAGCAGAUCAAAGUUACAUCUCAGAAGCCAUUCAAACUAAGAACUGAGGAACGUGGACGAAUGAAAGCAGAGGAGUUUGCAAAGAAGCUACAAGAGAUGACGAUGGAGGAACAAAAACUGACAACCCGUAUUGCUCAAGGCCUUCCCUGUACAACUGAUGAGCCUGAGAGUCUUGUUAAACCACAUGUGAAAGAAAUCACAGUACCAAUUGACUUAAAGCUCCAUUCAGACAUUCGAGCAGUUGAACGAGCAGACUUUGAUUACCAGGUUGCUGAGAAACUAAGCUUCAUAGAGCAGUACAAAGCAGAAAGAGAGCGGCAACAAAAGCUAGCAGAAGAAGAAGAGUUGCGAAAGUUGAGGAAAGAAAUGAUACCAAAGGCACAACCAAUGCCGUAUUUUGAUCGUCCGUUCAUCCCCAGAAGGUCGAGCAAGCACCCGACGAUACCUCGAGAUCCCAAGUUUAACAUACCGCAACACAAGAAGAUAAGAUGCUGCAGUUCAUCGUCUUGGAGUGAAACUGGAUCUUACACGAGCCAUGUCUUGUACGAGCAAGACCUCUAA